UAAUGCAAAAAAAAUAACAUCCAAUCUGUUGGUAAAUCGAAACUCUUAUUGCAAAUUAUAUCGAGCGAUGUCUCGAUAAAGUUCGUUUUUCCGUUUCAUGAAGUCAUACUGCACAAUGAAGAUUUUGCUUUUAAUAUCAUUCGCCUUGACAGCCAUUCCCUCAGCUCGAGGUUCAAAUUCGAGCGAGGCUCAUGACAUCACAACACUGCUAAAUGAUACCAUCGCAAAAACAUUCCAAAAUAUGAAUACAGUUACGAUCAACAAGUUAGUCCUCAGCAUAGAGAAUUUAAAAUCGUUCCAUUUUGCAACAUAUGCCGACUGUGAAUUAGGACCUUUUGAGAACGAAUUCUAUUUCACUGGUAUCACCGUAACCCCACUCAAAGUAGAAUCUGCCCACUUACGACAUGAUUUUUAUCGCAAUAGCAUGACCUUAUUCUUCAGCUACCUAUCCAUUGAAAUGAAAGGAUACUUGGGAGCGACCCCAGAUACAGCUCACGUGGGCUUUGAACGAUCUCUGGUUUUUGAAAACAUCUCCAUCUACGUAAUAGCACAACCGAUGCAAAGUUUCUCAGAAUUCCAUCCUUUCAUUAUUUAUGAUAGUUACGAAUCCACCUACAUAUAUUCGCCUUGGUUCCAUGAAAACUUGACAACAGACAUCCAAUUCGAACUAGAAAGACAGAUCAAAUAUUUCCUACCAUCCUUAUUCGCGUUCAAUUUACGAAGUAACGAGGACUUCAUGCAAACACUCCAGGCAACUUAUUGCCAUCAUCCCGAAGAAGAGAUCACGUCGCUUUAUCCUUCUUUAGAUAUUUUCAAAUCGAAAAAUUACUACUUCAUACCAAAUAUCACUUCUCUACAUCGUACCCUGAGCAAUAUAACCAUCACAGGAAUGCAAAAUUUUCAUAGUGACUCGUUCGCUGAAAAUUAUGGUCUAACUGUCAGCACUCUGACGAUUAAAGAUGUUCGAGGAACCACUAAUUUACAUUACGAUGGUCGAAAUCUUACUAUUUUCCCAUUAUACUUUGAAGUGGAAUGCAUUUCAAUAACAGUUGAUCGAAAACAGCAAAGUAUCAAUGUGACUGCGCACAAUUACACAGUUAUUGAGACUAAAAUGAACGUCUCAUUGACGGAAUAUCAGUCCAAGUGGGUAAUGGAAGGAAUUCAGUUGGCGAUCGCGUCUUCGAUAAUGCCAUCGUUGAAAUAUUACAGAAACAACACUCAGUCCACUGAUUCGCUUGAAGAACAUCCAAUUGUGAAAAUGAUCACUAAAUUAUCUCAGCAAUUCGAAAGUCGCACGAUACAAAAACUGUACGAUACUUUGAAUAUAACGAUACCCGAAAGCUUCAAGACAGCAUCAAGUAUCGAAAUAGAAUCAUACAAUUACAAUAUUUCAAUCGAUGCUAAACCCACAACAGCGUUGAAACCGUAUCCAGAUUGGAUCUAUUGUACUCUGUACAACAGCUUAGAAUUCCAUUUCGAAAUGCCUUCUUGGCGCGGGAGAAUCAACGUGCUCAAUACCACUCACAAAUUCGACUAUAUUGAUUUCCUAAUGGAAGAUACUUUCUUCAUACUAGCCAAAAGACACAAUUCAGAUGCUUUUGAACUGAGACCGGGUCUAAUCGUUGACGUAGAACUGGUCUCAUACGCGUGCAAUUUCACAUCUCACGAACAAUGGGAUAUAGCACAAGAAACGCAACAAUUGAUGAUCUCGUUGAUGAAGAAUACAAUUAUUACCCUUUUCGCAGAACCACUGCUUUCUUUACCAUUGGACUACUGUACCACACCAGUGAAAAUUUUCGACGACUUCCUGCCUUUCUACGCUGAUCACGAAUUACCCUUCAGUGUACCGGAAGGCAGAAUUUCCCAAAAAUUCAUGAAACCGAGAAUAAGCAACGUGAUAAUAACAGAGUGGACGAAAUCACCAUCUGCUCUUGUCUCGAUCUACCAUAGCCAAGACUUAGUCAAUGGAACUAGCGAAAACAUGACGACAUACGUCAAUUUACGAUUGGAAGACGUUAAAAUCCGAAUAAAUUUUAACGAUAGCUUGGUACCAUUUCACAAACUGUAUUGGACAUUUACUAGCUUACAGAUACGAAAUUACACUGAUAGUGGAGAGGUUAUAGUGGAUUUAGUUUCUAGUUCGAAAAGAUUCCCUUUUGAGAUGAAAUUGGAGAGUAUACUUGGCGAUUGUUUCAAUAAUCUUACUAGUCUCAUUUUUUAAUACAUAACUACGUAUAUUAUUUUUAUCACAAUUUACCUAUUAAGUAUUAAUUUUAUAUCGAGUCAUUAAAAAAUGAUCAUUUUCGUGGCAA